GUUGUUAUUACUGAUUUUGGUUCCCAUCUUUUUCCUUUUCCAUCAUAAGUCGUAUAACGGUCAACUACCACUUGGUUCGUUGGGACUGCCAAUGAUAGGGCAAACCAUAGGCCUAUUAAAGGCCAUGAAAACCGAUAGGGUCGAAAAAUGGAUUCAAGAAAGAAUAACAAACCACGGUCCUGUUUGGAAAGCAAGUCUUUUUGGACACCCGACAAUUGUUUUACAUGGCCCGGCCGCAAAUAAGUUCAUAUACACUUGUGAGGGGCUCACCAACACACAACCACCAUCACUUAGCAGGAUCUUUGGUCCUAAAAAUGUCAUGGAGUUGUCCGGAAAUGAUCACAAACGAGUCAUAGCAGCCAUAGUUUCAUUUCAUAAGGUUGAAGUGUUGAAGCAAUAUGUUGCCAAAGUAGAUGAAGAAAGCCGACACCAUCUUCAAAUGCAUUGGCAUGGGAAACAUGAGGUCCAGGUUCAACCCUUGAUAAAGACCUUAACCUUCAACAUAAUUUGUUCUCUUCUUUUUGGGAUUGAAAGAGGUCCCAAAAGAGAGAAAUUUCUACCACUUUUCCAUGAUAUGGUUAAAGGUCUGUUAUCAAUUCCAAUCAAUUUGCCUUUCACUAAAUACAAUCGCGCGAUCAAAGCAAGGAAGAAACUUGUGCCGAUGCUUAUACAUCUUAUACAUGAGAAAAGAGAGGCACUUAAGGAACAAAAUGAACAAGGUGAUCCUCAUGAAGAUCUAAUCACUUCAUUACUUAGCAUCCGUGAUGAUAAUGGCUCAACAAUGAUGUCCGAAGAGGAAAUCAUUGACAACAUCAUCGCUGUGAUGUUUGCAGGAUAUGGCACAACCUCCGUCCUUGUUACCUUCUUCAUUAGGCUUUUGGCUAACAACAAAUCUAUCUACUCUACUAUAGUUCGGGAACAUCAAGAAAUUUCUAGUAAUAAAGUAUUGGAAGAAGCAUUAACAUGGGAAGACCUCACCAAGAUGAAGUACACAUGGAAAGUAGCAACUGAGAUAAUGCGGGUAAACCCUCCUGUGGCUUUGAGCUUCCGACGCGCUAAACAAGAUAUCGAGUAUGGAGGAUACAUAAUUCCAAAAGGAUGGCAAGUUUUGAUAUCUUUAUCCAUGACACACAUGGAUGAUAGCAUUUUCCAAAAUCCAACAAUGUUCGACCCUACUCGAUUUGAGAAACACGCACCAUCACCAUCACCACCACCUUUUAGUUAUGUCCCCUUUGGAGGCGGUCCGAGAAUGUGUCCUGGUGUUGAGCUUGCAAAAAUCGAAACUUUGGCCAUGAUACAUCGUUUGGUGUCAGCAUUCGCUUGGGAACUAAUUAAGAAGGAUGAACCCUUCAAGAGAGUUCCAAUGCCGGAAUUUGAUCAUGGUUUGUUAGUUCAGGUCAAGCCCCUAAAAGAAACCAUGGUGUCAUGUGAAGCAUGAAAGCUGUGAUAAUUUCUUUCAUUCCAAUAUUCAUAGACAUAAAGUUUGAUAUAUAUUUUGUAAGUUUGUUCAUAUUAUGAUUAGUUCUAGUGAAAGAUAAGACCAGCGAUUGCUUUCUUAAAACUCACCAGAACCAUACAUACAUCAGAAAUGACAGCCUCUUUAUUUAUUUAAAUGCUUAUCAGUUAUCACAAUACCAUUGUAAUUUGUAAAAUAAAAAUCUCUAUAUAUAAAUGACUCUCGUGGUCUGUUUGUA